CUGGCUCUCGAUGCGGUAUGUUGACUGUCGUUGGUCCCGAGAAUUAGGAAAAGGAUGCAGUAAUAAACAGGGAACCAGAACCCUGAAGAUCUUAGCCCGGACGCGUGUGUCAGGGCCCAUGGCACACUUCUGAACUUUCUGAUCUUCUGGUAGGUCUACGUCGAUUUGCGCUUGCGUCCCCCACCAACCUGAAGUCGCUCGCGGAGUCGCGGAGUCGCGGGGCGUCAAUGGGCCCUCUAUUCAGCUCUCCCCGUAAUGGAGCAUCGAGUCAGCUUAGAUCACGAAUGCCCUCGAUUCGCAGUCGCCAUUUGCAUAUGACGAUGUGUGUAUUUGUCAGUUUAUUUGUCAACUCCAGGGACUCUUCUCUUUCGGUGUCCAGGUUUGGCGCCGGGGCGAGAACCCUUUUUCACCUCCCGGUAGAGAGACGAGCUUCGAGCCUCGGGUUACAGCGACAUGGGGAUAUACUAUAUUCUGGCGGGUCGGGCGGGUUGUUGCAUCCCCCAUCUUCUCUGGCCUUGUGCAGCGAUAUAUCGGGACCCGCGUUCUUUCGAGCACCCAGAACCCGGAAUCCAGGACGAGAACAGCAGCGCCCGAAUCUAAGACACGAUUAGUGUCCACUCGUGCAUGAUCG